ACAGCCGGAGCUGGGCGGUGGCGGCGGCGGCAGCGGCGGUGGCAGCUGCUGCGGGCGCUGCCGGAGGAAUCUCGCGGAAUCAGAGGUGGUGGCGCAAUGGAGGGACUGGAAGAAAAUGGAAGUGUCCAAGUUGGAGAAUUGUUACCAUGCAAGAUUUGUGGAAGAACAUUCUUUCCAGUGGCAUUAAAAAAACAUGGACCUAUUUGCCAGAAAACUGCCACUAAAAAACGGAAGACUUUUGAUUCAAGCAGACAAAGAGCUGAAGGAACUGAUAUUCCAACAGUAAAGCCUCUUAAACCUAGGCCUGAACCACCAAAGAAACCAUCUAAUUGGAGAAGAAAACAUGAAGAAUUCAUUGCCACCAUAAGAGCAGCUAAAGGCCUUGAUCAGGCACUUAAAGAGGGUGGAAAACUUCCUCCUCCUCCUCCACCUUCUUAUGAUCCUGAUUAUAUUCAGUGUCCAUAUUGCCAAAGGAGGUUUAAUGAAAAUGCAGCUGAUAGACAUAUUAAUUUCUGUAAAGAACAGGCAGCACGUAUUAGUAACAAAGGCAAAUUUUCUACUGAUACCAAAGGAAAGGCAACUUCUCGGACACAGUAUAAGCCGCCUGCACUUAAAAAGUCAAAUUCUCCUGGAACUGCACCAUCAGGAUCUUCACGAUUACCACAACCAAGUGGCACUAGCAAAACUGUUGUAGGUGUGCCUUCAGGUAAAGCGUCCUCAGUUAGCAGCUCUUUGGGAAGCAAACUUCAGACCUUAUCUCCCUCCCAUAAAGGGAUAGCAGCUCCUCAUGUAGGUAAGAUGGACAAGUUAGGCCCUCCACUUCGAACUGGAAGACAUGUGCAAAGGUUGUAUGACAGUGAUACAAAAUCAGACAGUGCCAUCAAAAGACAUGAGUUAUUACCCAUUUACAAAACUAACAUCAAACCUCGAAAUUCCACACCACCUAGUUUGGCACGAAAUCCUGCUUCAGGUGUGCUUACAAACAAAAGAAAAACAUAUACUGAGAGCUACAUAGCCAGGCCAGAUGGAGACUGUGUAUCUUCACUUAAUGGCGGAAACAUUAAAGGCAUGGAAGGAAAUUCAACAGGACACUUACCAAAAUUCUGCCACGAGUGUGGGACUAAAUACCCUGUAGAAUGGGCAAAGUUCUGCUGUGAAUGUGGCAUUCGAAGAAUGGUUCUGUGAACAGAGUCCAAAAAAAAGCUAAGUCUAAAAUUUUAUGACUGUUGCUGCUUGGACAGCUAAGCACUUCCUCUACUGAAUUUAUGCUAAAAUUAUUCAAAAUACUUUUUUCAGCAAUUUUUGAAGCAUAAUCUUUGGCUGUGUAAUGUGUGUGUGUAUAUAUUUGUGUACAUAUACUGUGUAUAAUAAAUACCUGAUGCCCCAAACUGUGCCAUUCAAGGAAAUAUUCACUCAUCUGUCAAAAUAAUUUCAAGUGGAAUCAUUAACUUAGGUGUUACUUUUCUGUUAUUGUUGUUAAAGCACAUGAAGCAUACCUCCACAAAAUCAAACACUAGUGCUCAGUCCUUCAAGCUUUAGGGAUGAUCAUUACCUUGAGCAAAAAAUCAGAACAAACAUAUUUAUUAUCGGUGCCUAUUUUCAGAUAGUAUCAUAGGAUGGGAUGCUUGAAAUUUUGGAAAUGAAGAGAAUAUUUUUAGUUACAACUAGUUAUGUGAGAUCAUUUCUGUAGAGCUGGCCAACAAUUAAUUUUAUAAAUACUAAAAAAGAAAGGAAAAAAGCCCCACGGGUCUAGGUUGUCCUUUACUCGGUAUAUCAUUAAUUUUAUAAUUUAAAGGUCUUUACUCAUUCUUUAAAAUGUAAUUAUGCAGUUUCCUUUUUAGAAACACAAGACUGAAAAAUACAAAUGUGUCUUAUUCCAGUCAUAACCGAAUGAUUUUUUUUUACUUCUUUGUUAGUUGAAUGUAUAUUCUAAUUGUAUCUCCAUAUUUCAUUUUUUUCAUAACCUCAUGUCUAAAGAGUUUUAUUUUACUACUUUUUUUAUUUGCAAAGUUUGAAAAUAAUAUAAAAUGCAUAAAUUUCCUUACAAAAUUCCACACAUUUUUUUCUGUGUAAUUAGAAACAAUUAUUUUUAAUAGAUUUUAAAACAAACCACCUCACCUAAUAAAUAAUUUGGAUAAUCAUUAGCAAUUUUUAAAUUUUAAUUUCCCUUGAAGUAUAGUUAGAUGUAGUUAUGAGUAGGUCAAGAGAAUGUCUAAUUUUCCUACUUAUAUUUUCUUUUUAGUGUUUAAUGCCAAAACACCAUUCACAUCACAGUAAAAACCCCACUGAAAAUGCAUUGCUUUAAUGCAUUAGUUGACUUAGUAAUUAAACAUUCACAAAAAUUUAAUUAUACUUUAAUUUUGGCUAAAAUGUAGCUUUUAAUCAUUGUCACUUUCAAUGUAACAGUAUUUAGCAGAUUUCUUUGAUCGCCUAUGCAGCCAUAUUCUGUAAUUUAUUAGUAAUUUCUGUUGAAUGGAAAGAGCUUUGAUCUUAUAAAGUUAUAAGCAAAUCUUUUAUAGGCAGUUUAUAGCUUCUCAUUUAUGACUGUGAUCAACUGUAAGGGUUAAUGUAGAAAUUUGUGGCUUACAAUUUUUCUGAAAUUUAUUUAUGCUUAUACUUUGUAAUUGUAUUCAUUAGUUUUUGGGGGUUUUGUUUUUUGUUUCUGUUUUUGUUUUUCAUUCGGGCAGGGUAUGUAAACUUGAGAUAAUGGGAAUUGUUAUUUUAUUUUCCUUAUGGUUUCUUUCCUGACUUUUUAUUAACUUUUUUUUUUCCUGGUUGUCUUCAUUCAGUCAAAUUAGUCUUUAAAAAAAGUCCAUUUAUUAGAACAAGCUGUAAUUAACUUAGGAGAAUAAUGUACGUAUUAGAUUUUCAUUUCUAUAAUAUGUUAUUCUGUCUUAAUUGUUAUAAAUCAUAGGAAGAACUUUAAACUUUGUUUUACCUGGAACUGAGCACUAUUUUUUUUUAAGACCACAUAAUUUUUGCCCAAGGGGAAGGGUAGAUAAAAUGAACUUAAACAGAAGUGGCACGUGUUUGUUUCUCACAGAAUUUUGCAGUAGCAAGUAAAUGUUACAAUGUACUACAUGGAAAAUGAGUUGGUAAAAAAAAAUCAUCCAAUUCUAGAACCCAGAGAUUAUUAUAAAUAGUAAGUUGGUGAAGUAUACUUAUGAAUUAUGAAACAUGUUGUGACAAUGUGUUUAAAUGCAUUUUUAUAUUACUUACAUAUAUUAUUCUCACAUUGAUUUGUUGUGCAAUAGUUCAGUUUAUGAGAAAUUUUCCUCGAUCAUUUAGUUUAUUUUUAUUUAUUUUCACAAGUAUUUGCCAGUGUGGUAGAAUAAAAAAUGAUUAUAAGCUUAAAUUUAAAAUGUAAAAAUUGCUUAUAUAUUAUUCUGAAAGUCAUUAGCUUGAAAAAGUAAAAU